AUCCAACCCUCACGCAAAUGACAUAGGGAAAAGUUGCAAAAUCUCUCCUUUCCCUUUCUGGCCGAUUGGGAUCGAGCGUACGAAGUUGCGGGUUGUCGCAAAAUUUCAUCUUUGAUCUUGCAAUUUCCGGGUUCCUUUUUUUUUUUUACAUUCUGCGGAAGGAUCUUGGAAGGCGGAGCUCCGAGGCUCGGUCGUUGGGUUGCUUGGGAGGUGGGCAGCGGCUCGUCGGAUCGGCUAGGACCGGCUCUUGUAAUCAUGAGGAAGGUGGCGGUGACAACGACGGUGGUGUGCGCCGCGGCCGCGUGCGCAGUGGCGGUGCUCGUUGUGCGACACCGCAUGCGGAGCUCGGGCCGGUGGUCCCGGGUCGCUGCGGUGAUCAAGGAGCUUGAGGACCGGGCCGCCACGCCCAUCGGGAAGCUAAGGCAGGUGGCGGACGCGAUGACGGUGGAGAUGCACGCAGGCCUCGCCUCCGAGGGCGGGAGCAAGUUGAAGAUGCUGAUCAGCUACGUCGACAACCUGCCCACUGGGGAUGAGGCAGGAUUGUUUUAUGCUUUAGACCUUGGAGGAACCAACUUCCGAGUACUUCGUGUACAACUAGGAGGGAAGGAGAAGCGUGUAGUCAAGCAAGAAUUUGAGGAGGUUUCCAUACCACCACAUCUAAUGGUUGGAGGCUCAGAUGAACUUUUUGAUUUUAUCGCUUCGGCUUUAGCAAAAUUUGUUGCUUCUGAAGGUGAUGAUUUUCACCUUCCUGUUGAUAGGCAGAGGGAGCUUGGAUUUACCUUCUCUUUUCCCGUGAGACAAACUUCAAUUGCAUCAGGCACUCUAAUUAAAUGGACAAAAGGUUUUAAUAUUGAUAGCACGGUUGGGGAAGAUGUUGUAGCUGAAUUGACUAGGGCCAUGGAAAGACAAGGCCUGGAUAUGCGAGUCUCAGCACUGGUGAAUGAUACAAUUGGGACAUUAGCUGGGGGGAGAUAUUACGAUCGUGAUGUAGUAGCUGCUGUAAUAUUAGGCACAGGUACAAAUGCAGCCUAUGUCGAGCGUGCCAAUGCAAUACCCAAAUGGCACGGUCUGCUACCAAAAUCAGGAGAAAUGGUUAUCAACAUGGAGUGGGGAAAUUUCAGAUCAUCUCAUCUUCCUAUAACAGAUUAUGACCGAGCAUUAGAUGUCGAGAGUUUGAAUCCUGGAGAACAGAUUUUUGAAAAGUUAAUCUCUGGAAUGUAUCUGGGUGAAAUUUUACGAAGAGUGCUCUUAAAAUUGGCUACCGAAACCGCCUUGUUUGGAGAUGCUGUCCCACCGAAACUCGAAACUCCAUUCAUACUCAGGACACCUGCGAUGUCGGUCAUGCACCAUGAUAACUCGCCUGAUCUAAGAGAGGUCGGGACUAAGCUGAAAGAACUCCUGGGGAUUCCUAAUACAUCUCUCAAAACAAGAAAAGUGGUGGUCCAAAUCUGCGACAUAAUUGCCAAGCGCGGGGCUCGCCUGGCUGCAGCUGGCAUAGUGGGCAUUCUGAAGAAGAUCGGGCGUGAUGCUCCGCCAAAGGACGACAGUAAACUUCCAAGGACCGCCAUUGCCAUGGACGGUGGGCUUUACGAACACUACACCAUAUUCAGCGACUGCUUGCAAAGCACCCUUAAGGAGAUGCUUGGGCCAGAAGCCUCAACUGCUAUCGUGAUCAAGCUGGCUAACGACGGGUCAGGCAUCGGAGCAUCUCUCCUAGCAGCUUCUCACUCACAGCAUCUAGUUUUCGAAGAGUCCUAACAAGCAGCAUCUAAAACCUAGCUAAGACGAACCUCGCGCCGCACCGCGCCCUGUUUUAUUUUAAUCUGAAGGAAAUGGUUUAACUUAAUCUUUGAGAUAAGCAUAUGGUAGAGUAGAAACAAGGAGGUGGUCGCCACAAGAAGAGCAAAGACUUGUGAAUCCUGCAAUUGCCAUUGCAGCAGCCCCCAUUUUAGUUUCAUCAUUUCUUUGCUAUUUCCUUUUUUUGCUAUACAAUCACUUCUUUUUGAAGUUCAUGUCAUGUCUCUCGAGUACGACGGUGUUUGUUAUUCUUUUGUUGAGUGGUGUGUUAAGAUGAUCUGAAAACUUCACAGAUCUAUGUUCCAGAC